UGCUUGUUUGCGCACGCGCUGUGGUAUAUCUUGACGGAAACACCUGCGUCGUCACUGUUCAUUUCCACCAAAAGAAUGUGAGGUGAUGUGAAUGGACUUCAAAUCAGACAAACUCUGAGCAGCAUGCUGAGCUAUGCAUUGGUCGCGUUUUUCUCGGUUUUACUGGCAGUGCUUUUAGUUCCUUAUGAUUGGUCCGUUAAAUCAGUGACGGGACCAGUCCAGGGCCCCCCCGAGCGGCUCCUGAGCAGGCGCGAAUUGACACAGUACAACGGAGAAGAAGGCAGCAAGGGCCUUUACCUGGCCAUCCUGGGUCAGGUUUUUGACGUACAGAAGGGACACAAGCAUUAUGGACCUAAUGGAUCUUAUCAUUUUAUGGCAGGAAGAGAUGUUUCACUGGCCUUCAUCACUGGAGACUUCACAGAGAGUGGCCUGACAGAUGAUGUGUCCAGUCUGCCCCCACUACAAAUGGUGGCCCUUUAUGACUGGCUGGCCUUCUAUCAGAGGGAGUACCACAUAGUUGGGAAAUUAGUAGGCCGGUUCUAUGAUAACACUGGACAGCCCACAGAGGCCCUGCUGCAAGUGGAAGCCUCAUUAGCAGAGGGCCAGCAGAUGAAAGCUCAGUCUGAGGCUGAGAAGGUACGAUUUCCAGCCUGCAACUCGGAGUGGAGCACUGGCAGCGGUGGAAGAGUUUGGUGUUCUACUAAAAGUGGUGGAGUGAUACGAGAUUGGACAGGCGUCCCACGAAAGCUCUUCUCUCCAGGCUCCAGUGGUGUUCGAUGUGUUUGUGUUAAAGAUCCGUCUACAGCAGAGGAAGAUUCCAGCUUACAAAGAUACAGUGGCUGCCCUCCACAUGCUGAGUCAUGCUCUGUAGGAGAUGACUAGCCUCUGAGCAAACUUAGAAAUUAGACAUUUUCAAUUCAGCUUUUUAACACCAAAUCAAGGAAAACAAAAGUAAAAUCACACCAGUGAACAAUAAAAAAAAAACAAAAAAAAAAACACUCAAUUGUCUGUUUUUUAUGACCUUUAUGUAAAGUUGUCCUCCCUUUCCCUACAAGAAUACACCAGGAAGAGACAGACUAGAUAUCUGAGCAUACAGAUACAAUACAAUGUGCAUAAAAGAUUAAACAAUGUGCAUAAAAGGUUAACAGAGGCAAAAUUUAGGUUUGUCACAAUGACAAGCACAAACUGCAUUUAAGUACAAAACUGUUGUAGUGGUCAAAAAUAUCACACAUUUAUCUGUACAAUUUAACAAUACUUAAAGGGGCCCCACUACCUGGCCAUCCCUCUACUUACUCCACAUUCUCCCAAAUGAUCAGAAAUGUCAUGUAGUCUUGAUAAAGUGCACCUGUUAGGCUUAGAAAUUAAGAAGUGUUAAAUGUGAAGGGUGAAGACAAAAAGUUGUCAUGAGGCAACAUUGUGGGGACAAUGAUCAGAGCGAUGAGGCUCAAAAAUGGAAUGUUAUCAUUUGGUGACAGAUUUUAAAAAUUUGAUUUAUCAUUAUAACCAGGACAUAUAAAGGUUACAAAUUAAAUGACAUAUAGACAUAUGCAUAGGCAUAGUAGGCAUUUCUGUAACUGAGGACUGUGGAAAACAUUUAGUUUUAGUGGACCACAUUUAUUUUCCCUUGUGGAAAAACUGGCUCUUAGGUCCCAUUUCCUCAACCUUUUCAUGUAAACUCAACAUAUCCAUUUAUUCGGACUGAAGUGUCAAAUAAUCUACAAAGUACAGAGAGAAUCAGCCCCACUCAUUUUUGUUCAGUUGUGCCAUAUUUCGUGUAUGGAAAAGUACUAUGUCUAAAUUAAUUUAUUGGAACUCAUUUGGAAAUUACCUUUAAAAAAAGUUGAUAUGCUUUCUCAUUAAA